AUGGACGUGGCUCAAGCAGUGGCCGGCUACGUAUCACGCAUGGUUUCAUCAGCCGACCCUCUUUCGAACACACAGUCGGCCAAGAUGAAGGUCCUACUGCUGGACCGGGAAACCGUGCCUAUCGUGUCCACCGCCAUUACGCAAUCUUCUCUGCUUAACCACGAAGUGUAUUUAAUCGACCGGAUCGAUAAUCCCAGCAGAGAAAAGAUGCGUCAUCUUCGAUGCUUAUGUCUCGUACGGCCAUCACCAGAAUCUAUCCAGCUGCUCAUCGAUGAACUGCGCGAGCCCAAAUAUGGCGAAUACCACUUGUACUUCACCAACGUUGUGAAGAAAUCAUCGCUCGAAAGGCUUGCUGAGGCGGACGAUCACGAGGUGGUCAAGCUAGUUCAGGAGCAUUUUGCCGACUUCAUUGUCAUUAACCCGGACUUAUUUUCUCUCGGACUCAGCCUUCCUCAUCAACGCAUUUGGGGGAGUGGCCCACACACCUGGAACCCGGACGCGCUUCAGCGAAGUGCGGAUGGACUCGUUGCUCUAUUGCUGGCGCUCAAGAAGAAGCCUUUGAUUAGAUAUGCCAACACGAGCCCGCUCACUAAGAAGUUGGCAACGGAAGUCCGCUAUCGCAUCACCCAGGAAGAGCAGCUGUUCGAUUUCAGAAAGGUGGACACCCCUCCCAUUCUUCUGAUCCUUGACCGUCGCGAGGAUCCGGUCACGCCGCUACUUACCCAGUGGACGUAUCAAGCCAUGGUGCAUCAUCUCCUAGGAAUCAACAACGGUAGAGUCGAUUUGAGUGAUGUUCCGGACAUUCGGCCGGAGCUCAAGGAAAUUGUUCUGUCUCAAGAUCAAGAUCCCUUCUUCAAGAAGAACAUGUAUCUCAACUUCGGCGACCUAGGUGGAAACAUCAAGGACUACGUGGAACAGUACCAAUCCAAAACGCAAAACAACGCCAACAUCGAGUCCAUAUCUGAUAUGAAGCGUUUCAUCGAGGAGUAUCCGGAAUUCCGAAAGCUGUCGGGCAAUGUGAGCAAGCAUGUCACCUUGGUCUCAGAGUUGAGCAGGCGGGUGGGCGCGGAAAAUCUUCUUGAAGUCAGCGAGCUCGAGCAGAGCCUAGCAUGCAAUGAUAACCAUGCGGCCGACGUAAAGAACAUCCAAAAGCUCAUCCAGUCCCCGAAGGUAAUAAGUGACAGCAAGAUUGCCUUGGUUGCUCUGUACGCACUGCGAUAUGAGCGCAACCCGUCGAACUCUCUUCCGAUGCUCAUUGACCUUCUGGUGGCAGCUGGUGGGGUUUCGAUCUCGUCCCGAAGUUAG